AAAAUUCGCGAAAGAGAUUAUCUAAAAAGGCAAUUCGAUAUUACACAUGACGAUGAAAUUUGGUUACAAUAUAAGAAAGCUCGAAAUGAAACUAACAACACUAUUAGGCAGGCUAAACAUAACUACUUUAUCACUAAUAUUGAGGCUGCACGAAAAGAUCCAAGGAAAACUUGGAGACUAGUCAACGAUAUGAACUCUCGUAAAGUGAGUGAUGUAACCAGUGUCAAGAAAGUCAAUCUUGACGGUAAUGAAAUCACUAAUGCGGCUGAAAUUUCGGAUGCCUUUAAUUCAUAUUUCACCUUGAUAGGAGAGAAACUUGCGAACAAAAUACCUAGCUCGAAUGUUAAUCCCGUUUCUUAUAUUCAAUCCACACAUAGUGUGUUUUCUUUCGAGGAAAUCGGUUUGUCCACUGUAAAUUGUUUGCUAAGAACGAUUAAUGCUAACAAAGCGACCGGCCCUGAUAAAAUUCCAGGUAGAUUAUUGAAAAUAGCCGCUGAUAUUCUUUCACCCUCGUUAACCAGAAUUUUUAAUAGAUCGCUUUCUAUGGGGAUUUAUCCGACUGAUUGGAAGAUGGCAAAAGUCUUACCUAUAUUCAAAAAUGGCGAAAAAUGUGAUCUAAGUAAUUAUCGUCCAAUUUCAAUUAUAUCGGCGGCAAGUAACAACUUACUGUCGAACUAUCAGUCAGGGUUUCGAGCAUCAUAUAGUACCGUUACAGCUUGA